UUUUCACAUUGUCUGUCAGCUAAAUCUCAACAACUUUUUUUUUUUUUUGCUUUGUUUUUGUUAGCAUGCUUUAUAAUGACACUACAGACUUUCACAUGCUCCGAUGUGUCCACUCUUGGCAGGCAGUAAACCCGGUUAAAACCACAUUAUGACUGAAUUAGAAGCCUUGGGGACAGGGGAGCAUCCACCGCCCUACAUAAUCUUUCUGGUGGUCUUCCUCUUCUUCCUCACGGGACUGCUGGGCUUCCUCAUCUGCCACCUGUUGAAGAAGAAGGGCUACCACUGUCGAACAGACGUGGAGGAUGAGGAGGAGGAGGAGAAGCUUGGAGAAAAUGCAGAUGAUGACGAUGACGAGAACCAGGACACAGUGGAACAGAUUCUGAAAUGUAUCAUUGAAAAUGAAGCAAAUAUGGAAGCCUUCAAUGAGAUGUUGGGAAACCACAAUGUCUGUGUGCGCCAUGACCGCAGGCUGCGUAAGGAGUCCAUCGGUGGUAUUCCUCCCCAUCUCCACACAGUCCACUCUGGCACCGACCACAACUCCUGCCACCUCUGUGCCCAGAUUAAAUCUAAAAAGGGCCGCAGACAAAGCAGAACCCUCCGUGCCAAACAGCGACCUGGGGAACAGACUGUCUUCUCUGUCGGCAGGUUCCGGGUGACACACACUGAUAAAAAGUCCCAUGGAAGUUCUAAUCCAAUGGCCAUUUCAGGGGACCAGCUGGACCAAUCCCAAGAUAGCGAUGAUCGGAAGGAUGGCGGGUACAACCUGAGAAGCAUGUUUAAGGAAGUCCGUCAACCUUCAGAAAGUGCCAGUGGGGUGUCUGCAAAUGUGGGAAGACAAAAAAAGAGUGUGACCAUAUUUGGGUUAAGGCGGGGCAGCGACCCUGUUGGUAUUAAGGUAGGGGAGGGGACAGGUUGGGACACUGGAGGGGUUAAAACUGCUGUUCAGCAGCAACCUGCAGUGCUGGGAGAGCCUGUGUCCACUGAGAACAUUAAAGUUGAUCCUCAACGUGCUAUUAAAGCAGAUUCCAAGCUUGAAACUGAGCUUCAACAUGAGACUGAAACAUCAGAUUCUCUUAAUUCUCCUUCUUCUCAGAGUAAGAAAGAGGCCUGUCACACUAGCGUUGGCCCUGAGGAAGGCACUAAACUUGGGCUCAGUCCUGAACCUGGCACAAAGAUUGCGUUUCAGUCAUCCUCUGGGAGUACAGCAGCUUCUGCCCCAAAUUCCCUGCCUAUUCCACUUGAGAAGAGAGUAAAUGUUGAGGAUAUGUGGAUAAAACCUGAAUCUGGACCAUUACAGACGUCUACACCCAUUGUACCCAUGCCCACAUCAAUCCCAGGUUUCACUCCUGUCAGCCAUACUGGUCAGCUUGACACCUAUUCCAGCACAGAUUUUCCAGUUAUUCAAACUCCCCCUGACCAGUCCUUGCCAGUCAAGACCCCAUCUUCAGUCUCUUCAUUAAAAACUCCUACCUCACCCCUAGCAAUGACAGCAAGCCCCAAACUUGGAUCAAGAAAUGUACUAUCAGAAGCUGCAGGAGCAGAAUUUCCACAUGCCCUCACACCAAGCCCCAAACUCCCACAUCACCAAGAAAUGGCUAGACAGUCACCUGUUUCAUAUUCAUCUUUUAGACAAACUUCUAGUCCAUCACAAGCCCGAUCUCUGGAACAAGAGCUUGAAGUAGCCCCAUUGCCCAAAGGUGAAGAAAAGUCAGAAUUUAAGAAACCUGGAAUCCUUAAAAAAGAUAAACUGUUACCAAUUGCAGCAGGGAACUCUAAAGGCUCUGCCCUUUCCUCUCCCUCUGAUUUUAAAGACAGAUGUAGCAGUUUACCUUUGUCACCUUCUAGCCUGUCUCCAUCCUCGCCUCAAGGUGGCAGAGUAAGUAGUGUGACCAUUGUUAAAGCCAGCCCUGACAGCCAGAGGGAGUUUUCUGUUGUCACUAUGGUGGAGGAAGAGAAAUCAACUACUGAAGACGAGAAAGAAGACAAUUAUGAACUUGAGUUUGACCUGGAAAACAGGGUCACUGGUUCAGCUGAUCAAGAAGGAAAUGUCUAUGUACCAGGUGUUAGACAACCUGAAAGUCAGAGUGGAGAGACUUCUGGAGUAGAGGUUAUCCCAACUCUGAGUCAAGAGAAGGAUGACAUGGUGGAAAUGGAAGAUAUUAGAGACUGCAAGGUGAUGGUGGUGGAAGGAGCACAGUUGGAAAAGGACUGAGAGGGUCGGUGGGGCAGUCUGCAGCCUGUUGCAGGGCUGACACAGAGAGACAGACAACCAUUCACACUCAAGGGCAAUUUAGAACCCCCAAGUAACCUAAGUGCAUGUCUUUGGACUGUGAGAGGAAACCGGAGUACCUGGAGGUAACCCACGCAGAAACAGGGAGAACAUGCAGACUCCACACAGAGAGACCCGGGCCAAGGUGGAAUCGAACCCAGACCUUUUUUAGAUGUCAUUCUAGCUGUGAGGUCUUUAAAUAGGGAUGCAUAUAAUGUAGCCUUAUUUAACAGCACUUUACAUGCAGCAAUCUUUAGCAAUAAAGUCUUCAUUGCUAAAAAAGUAUUUAGUUUUAUGUAUGACUUAUUGCUUUCUCGAUCACCCGUUUAUAAAAAAAACACAAAAUGUGAGUCGGGCGACUUGGCUCGUGUUGGUCAUAGUCCUGAGAAGCUGUGGUGGGCGAAAGGUGGCAACCCUAGAUGCUAUCAAACUGCAGUGAUGAAACUUCCACCGAGUAAACUAUACUUAAGGCUAUGAACCAUAAAAAUAUAAACAAUGUAAAGUACAUUUUAAAGGUGAUGGAAAUUUUAAACCUCAAUGUGUAUAGUUUUUACAUCCCAUAAAAUAAAGGGAUUAUUUUAAGUGAUGAAUGGAGCUCUCCAUUGAUAUGUGCUUUUUUGUUUGCACUUACUGAUUGUAAGAUGUGACUGCUGUGUCAUAGCUGUGAAACUAGCAACAUAUGCAGGAAAAGCUGUUUGUCAUAAAGGUGAAGAAUGUUAUUCAUUAAAUAUUAAUUUAUAACUUAACAUUUAUAGCUUCAUAUUCUGUAAUUUAAUAACUACUGCUAGUAACAAGGUCAUUACAUGCUUCAAUUACAGAGUCUUGGAUAUUCAAGAGGGCAGAAUGGGUUUUAUUUGCUUUUAGUUUCUUUUUCUUUUACAAACUUAGUUCCAUUAUUAUAUAAUUACAUCUCAGGCACUAAAAUAAUAUAGGCAGAGCAAAAAUAACCAAAGCUUCUGUAACUGUCUGACUACAUUAUGAUGCCACUUUCGAUACAGCAAACUUGCUUCUCUCAAUAGAUACAAAACCUCCUUCUGCUUCUUUUGACAAAGAAAAAACUCGCAAUAAAGGCUCAAAGGUCUCACUAGCAUAAAGCUGCAGGGAGAACGGGCGGGAAAACUGAAUGUGAAAUGUUAAUACACAGCUUUCUGCUCUCCCUUUUAAGCACAGUCACCUCUUCUGAGGAAGCACAACAUACUAGUUCUUAAGCCACAGUGUUAAGUGUUUUGGCCAUCUUUGAACAAGAGAAUGGGUUGUACGCUAACCAGCUUGUUUCCAUAAACCAUAUUGGUGCAACAGAGAUAAACCAAAUCUAAAUAAGAAGUAGGAUAAAAUGCUGGGGUUUCAUCUCAUUUUUAGCUCUCAGAGAUGUAGCUAUAAUCUGUAUUUAGAUGUGUGCUCCUGAUCCCUGGGGACUCACUUCAGACUGUGUCCAUUUCAGAGUUCAACAUUAUUUCCUGUCCUCAUGAGAAACAAACCAGGAGGUCUGCUGUCCCAGUCCCCCCCCCCCCCCAAUGCUUUCUCAUUUCAUUCCAUCUUCUGGCUGGGUGGCUUCCUUGUGUCUUCAUCAUGUGUCACCAUUAAUAUUUAUGUUAUCCAUCACUGUAGAUGAAUGAGCACACAGCAUAUUCAUGUGUAUUUCCAUCAUUCACCUUCAUCAGUACAGCAAACUGUUAGAUCAGUAUUAACAUAUUUGACAUGCUCGCGUCUGUUUGUUCUACACACUUUGUGUUUUCUUUUUUACUUAUUAUACAGUCACUAUAGACAAUAACCGUUAACUCAAACAAUCAUAUACAUUAUAUACUCUGAAAACAUAAAAAAACAACAUGAAACUGUAUGAUUUGUCUUAAUGGAGCAGCUAUUGGUAGCCAUGUUGUUUCGUAUAGGUCUCUGUUUUCUCUUCACUGAUGUUCUAGUUCCUCCUUCAUUUUUAAAGUUGAGGUAUGGGCUGAACAUGAGAACGUCAAAUUCUUAAUUAUCUCUAACAUUAUAACCUUCCACUGAAACUAGAUACAACUAAAGAUAGAACUCAACUAGAGAAGUAGUUUUAUGGUGUGUCAGAGCUAUUCUGAUUAUGACGAUAACAGUAUGAUUCACCAAAUAAAGACAACACUUAAUUCAAUGUAAAGCCUUCAUUAAAUAAAUGUAUUCAGUGAGAACAAAGCUGCUCCUAAAUUCUUACAUUUGAACUUGAAAUGACGCAAACACUGAGGCCACAACUAAAGUCUAGUUAGCACGUUACUAGUUAACAUUUAAUCUGUUUUAGGUUCAUAUAGCUUAAUGAAAUCAUGAGUCAAGUUUACUGUAUUACAUCAUUAAAUUAAAUUAUUCAGAAACAUCUGUAACUAAUAUCUCUUUCCUAGCUUCAGCACAGAAGGUGACCUUAUAAAGAUUGCUGUCUUUCUAUGCAUGAGUCAGAUUAUCUAUUCACCAGAAUAAUGGCAGGUCUACUUUACAUAAACAAUAAACAACUGCAAUUUUUGUGUCUACUGCUGAUAUUUGUUACUAGAGAGAAGCUGGAUACAAACACGUUAAAGUCUAAACUCCAUGGCCUCAAGUCUGACUUUGUUUUCUCAGCUGUAUCUUAGUGAGUACCACAGACAGCAUGUGUCUAAAUACUGACAAAUCCAGUUUUAACGACCUACCCUCAUCCACUGCCCGCUUUACUUGCUUCUAUUUUUUUUUUUUUUUGCCUUCUGCUUUCAGGCUGACAAGAUGAUAAAACCAGUUCUUAGAAUCUGUGUGGUUCAUUGAGAUAAGAGCUACCACUGAAAGCUGCAUAACCAUAAAAAAACACAACCAAGCCCAAAUAAUUACUAUUAAUAGCUCGGGCAAAUCUUGGGAGUAUGCUGUGAAUUUGAGAGAUGUGUCCUGAUGUGAGCUUUGAAUAUUUGUAGAGUAUUGUUAUACAAACACUAAAGAAGCCACAAGUGUAAAUAAGCAGAUGUAUACUAAUAUAUUCUGAUGCAAUUAAAGAAA